AUGGGCUUAUUUUAUUUGAAUCUUCCUUGGAUUAUCAAUGAGUCAGAAUACAACUGCAGCGGUCGUUCACAAGCUGAAUGGGAAAGCAGAGGUUCGGUCAAUGAAGUGCAAGGAAUCUACUUUACAGUAUCAGGAGCAAUUUUUGUGACACUUUACGUAAUUUGUUUGAUUGGAAUGCUCCGAGGUAGACUACUGAAGACACCCUGUUACUGCUUGAUGUUUUUCAACGGCAUCAUUGACAUCAUGGAUAUAAUAGCUGGUUCAUUGAUUGCCGCAUACUUCCACCUAGUGAGUGAUUACGUACCAUCCGCAUGUGCAACUUUACCAAUAUUUCGCAGUAGUCAAGCCCAUUGUCCAAAACAUGUUAAAGCCCCCGUACAUUAG